AUGUCUGCUCCCCUCACUAUUACUCCUAGUGAUUCCUCAUCCCAUGGUUAUUACGCCUCCUCUUCCUCUCUCACACUCGGCUUUGAUAAUGUAACAAUGGUGCGGGAUAAACAUGUAGUGAUUCAAAACGCCACUGGAAUUAUUUACGGUGGUCGACUCACUGCUGUUGUGAAUUGCGGUGGAACUCAAAGUGAUUCGUUUUUAUUGGAUGCCCUCGCCGGCCGUGAAGAGUGUGCGAGUGGGACAAUUAUGAUGAAUGGAAUUCCCGUAGAUGCCCCAGCGUAUUUACACCGCACAACACUCAUUGAUGAGGAGUUUACGGCGUUUGAGGAACUCACCGUGCGGGAGAGUAUUGAAUACGCCGCAUCUAUGCGAGUUGCCAGUCAAGCCUACACGCCACAAGAUAUUAUGGAGGCUCUUUCCCUCUCAGAAGUUUCUGAUAAAAUCGUACGAGAUUGUUCUCUCUAUGUACGACGUCGUGUUUCUCUUGGAAAGGAACUCUUAUUAGAUCCAUUAGUACUUUGUUUUGAUCAAUUACUAGAAGGAUUACGUACACAUGAGGCACAAGAGUUUAUGAUUCUUCUUCGCCGUAUUGCCGCACCCGCUGCAGCAGCACACACACGAUCCUCUUUAGCUACAGUAAGUACAACUCGCACAAGUGUAGAGUUUCCCAGUUCAUCGCCAAUGUCUACACCGGAAGUGAGUACCAUAACUCGAGGUAUUCCGGAAUCUUUAGUAAUAGAAAGUAGUGGAGUGUUGCGAAGUAGUCAAGGGUUGGAAUUAGCUGGACGAUGUAGUGGUGGACGUAUUGUGUUAGUAUCUAUGAUUCAACCACGAUGGGCCGUAUUAAAAUAUGUGGAUAAUGUUAUUUUAUUUGAACGUGAACAAUGUGUCUUUUGUGGAACUCUACAGGAACUCAUCACAGCUAUUGGGGCAAAUCCCUCUUCAGGGGCUAUGGAAAAUGCGAUCAGUUCAUUAUAUAGAUUAGCUUCUAAUAGAGGAACAUCAUCUCUCGCAACGGCAUUGGCGAGUUCAGGUAAUGCGGAACGUGUACAUCAAAAAGUAACACAAUUCUUUCAUAAAUGUGCUUCUGGACAAGAAACAUUAGAAGGUAUGCCGUAUUCUAGUCCUGGUGCGCAUGUACGUUUAUAUUAUAUGUUUAAAUAUGCUUUUCUACAGAUACGACAUAAUCUUUUAGUGGGAAGUGCUCUCUUUGCGUUACUGGUAAUAGUAACAGUUGUCUUGGCGGCUGUGUAUAAUAGUCAGGAGGGACAAAGUGGAAUGCAAAAUCGAAUUGGUAUUAUUUUCUUUCUUGUGAGUUCAACAUUCCUUUAUAGUAUUCUUUCUUUAGAUGGACAACGAAAAGAAUAUAAAAGUUUUCUUCGGCAUCGUUCACAUGGAUAUUAUGGUACCUUAACAUAUUUAACCUAUGCUGUUUUAUAUUGUGCGUUGGAGCGAGUUUUCUUUUUAUCGUCUGUUGCUUUUGUUGCCUUUUGUGUUUCCAAUAUUGUGGGAAAGUGGGAUUAUUAUCUUCCUAUUAUGAAACUCGUUCUUAUUAUUGGUGUGAUGUCCUUUGCGAGUUAUUUUGUAGUGUUUUUCUUUUGUACAGUGAUAUGGAGAAGACGUUUUGCCAUGUUUGCCCUUUUUGCGGUUUACACACUGAACUUAUUACUAGCAGGGAUUAUAUUAAACCUUACUACACUUCCAUUACCAUUUCAAUAUAUUUCCAAUCUUUCUAUUAUACGAUUGGCGUAUGAAUCUUCUAUUCUCUCACAGUUUGUGGGUCAUGACUUUGGUUGUGUGGAAGAUAAAGAGACCAUGUGUUAUACGGGAUCUCAAUAUGCAACUUUCUUAGGGUUUAGGAACUCACGGCAGUGGACGAAUGUUGGAAUUCUUGCGGGUAUUGCUGGACUGUUGAUUAUGGGCUGUUUCUCGGCAAUGCAGUGGUGCCACCCACCCCGUAAACGACGACACACAACACUGUAA